AUGUACAUCGACCGGGUCGAGCGCAUGUUCGAGCGAUGGGCCAAAGACGGGAUAAUUACCUGCAACCACCACCCAACCGACGGCUGUGGCUACGCGAACAGGCCAUAUGGCGAAAAUCCAAACCGAAAAUGGUAUUUGGAUUGGCGAAAUCGCUAUCAAAAAGGCUACCCUACCGGGUCAGCCAAUCCUAACCGCCUCGGCUUAGUGCCACCCAAACAACCCAGACCACCGCGUGGUAAUGGAGGGACAGGCAGCCGAAGGCAGUCCACCGGCUCAGGAAGUGGGUCCGGUGGCGGCAACCGACAGAAUGGUCCAAAGCAGGGAUACCAGACGCCAGCCAACGAAAGGGCAGCGUUACCACCCAUACCGGACCAGCUGGUGAAGCCAAAUGGCAACAGCGGCGGCGGCCCUAACCGGGCCAGCCCAACCGCGGGAAACGCAUAA